CUGCCCCUUCUCCUGCCCCUGCCCCUUCUCCUGCUCCUGCCCCUGCCCCCCGGGGACCAUGGGAUGCUGCACCGGGCGCUGCACCCUGAUUUUUCUCUGCACUUUGCAGCUGCUUGCUGCAUUAGAGAGGCAAGUGUUUGAUUUCCUGGGAUACCAGUGGGCCCCUAUCCUAGCCAACUUCCUGCACAUCAUCAUCGUCAUCCUUGGCCUGUUUGGCACUAUUCAGUACAGACCUCGCUACAUCGUGGUGUAUGCCAUCUGGACUGCAGUUUGGGUCACCUGGAACAUCUUCAUCAUCUGCUUUUACUUAGAAGUGGGAGGGCUCUCAAAGGACAGUGAACUCCUAACAUUCAACAUCUCCCGGCACCAAUCAUGGUGGAGUGAAAACGGUCCUGGCUGUGUAAGGAAGGAGGCUUCCGUGUCUGGCAUCAAAGGGCUGGACAGCCACUCCUACAUCUCUGUGAUAGGCUGUGCCCUGGAGUACCGGUACAUCGAGGUCAUGCACAGCUCCUUCCAGAUCCUGAUCGCGCUGGUGGGCUUUGUCUACGCCUGUUACGUUGUCAGUGUUUUUACAGAAGAAGAAGACAGCUUUGAUUUCAUUGGUGGAUUUGAUCCAUUUCCUCUCUACCAUGUCAAUGAAAAACCCACCAACCUUUUGUUCAAGCAGACAUACCUGCCUGCGUAAAUAAAGAGGAGCCAGAGGAUGGAUAAACCUUGCACUCCACCUUCAGUGCUGCAGGAAAAAAUCCACUGUUGUCUGGAUAUUUGGCAGAGGAAAUGCAGGAUGGUAAACUCCAUUCCACUUUUUGUUCCUUGUCUUCUUCUCAAAUGCAAUGAAUGUACAUUGAAGGAUGGCCAUGUGGCUGCUUUUUAAUUCUCCAAGUGCCCUGAUGAACCAUUCCUACCCUAGCCUGGUGGUACCAGCCAAUAAACAGCACAGGCCUGAAGACCUCAGGCAGAACAAGUUCACCAAGAGCCUCUCUGAAGAGAUAGAGUUGAAGUCAGAGCUGCUUCCUUGUAUCAUGGAUCUGUAAAGAAG